AUGCCUUUCACAGGAGAUGGCAAGAGUGGUGGUAGAUCGUCAGACGCCAGAAGAGGGGGCGUUUUGAGCAGCCGGACACCCAAGGAAACUUCGCCGAGCACGUCACGGUUCGCCUUCUUCAGUUCGCCGUUCUCCAAAAACGCUCAACCCCAGGUCGACCCCACGCAGGACGAGGAACUACUUUCACUCGACAUUCAGAAUGCACUGUUUCCUCCCUCAUCCCCGACCAACCGGGAUGCCUUUUCGCCGGCAGCCUUCAAGAACCUCGAGGCCACCGCCAUCGGCCUGCUGACGAGAUUUCAAAGCGCCUACCAAAGACAGGAUGCAGCUCUCCGGGAGCUACGCACAGAGAAAGACGCCCAGGCCGAGGAGCAUGACGAGGCGGAUACGCGGAUUCAGCAUCUCAGAGUCCAGCUGGAAAACAUGGCCUCCAAGGUCGCCGAGCAGGAGCAGUCGAUGCAACAGCUCAUGGCGGAACUGAACGCCGAAAAGAAGGCAAGGUACGAGGAGCGGAUAGCGCGCGAACGAAACCGACCCCUCUCGGAGGGGUCCACGAUAUCGGAAGAUCUCGGCGUCGAAGAAGACAUGGCCAGGCGGAAGUGGAGGAAGAGCGCGGGCUGUGAUACGGACGAUGAGAGCGUCGAGGACGCCAGCGUCUUCUCGAGGUCGCGGAGCCCCACCACUGCUGCUCCGAGCGUGUUCGAGGGGAGCAUCGUGGACAUGUCACCGACGCCGCAAGCGCCAAAGGCCAACGCGCUCGGCCCGCCGAGGCCGUCGCGGUCGUCCGUCCAGAAGCCCUCGCCCCAGCAGGUCAGCGUCUUCCAGAAGCUCAUGAGAGGCGUUACUGGGGACACCGCAAAUCAGGACGGCGGCCCCACGUCGUGCGCGAAUUGCCGCGGGCAGGACCAGCGGGCUGCGUGGGAUACCGUCAAUCUGUUGAGAGACGAGAACCGUGGGCUGAAGCAUCGUGUGGAGGAGCUGGAGACGUGUGUGGAUAAUGCGCUGGACGCGGUCAAUGGCCAUGGGCUCUAUUGA